GAAAUAGUGCGCAUGCGCUCAGAAGAAGGUUCGAAAGGUCAAAUUUGAAUUUCAACUGCGUUUUUUCUGCAAGAGGUUAGGAGGUAGAAGAUGGCGACUAACUCGCGCAUCAACAGCCACAAGAGCAAGUCUGGCUCCCGUGGCGGAGGGCUAGGGACUCGAGAGGCCCGCGCCAGAGUCAAGGCCGCCGAGAGCAAAUCCGCACGUGACGCCCUUCUUCUGGAGAGACGGCGAAUACCGCUCAGUGAAAUACAGGAGCAGCCGAAGAAAAGAGACGAGGGAUCCGAGCUGCGACUGCAGCGGCUCCGAGAGUGGAAGGUCAGACGAGCCGAGGCAAGGGAGAAAGAAAAGGCAGCGAAGAAGAAACCGUUUUACGGAGGAAAACUAGUAGUUACCACCACUGCCGCAGUCUCCAAGCCUCGCUCGGGGGCAGCGAACAUCGGAAGAGCGGGGAAAUCAAACGCCAAAAAUACCGCAGCGGUUUCAGCAACUGAUCGGGCAACGGAGAAACCUGGCACCACAAGAAAACGACCCGUUGGCUUAGAGACGGCGGCAAAACCCGAAGCUAGCGGGGAAAGUGGCACUGUUUCUGGCGAACAAACUGAGUCAAACGAUACGGCUUUGGUCACGAGCGACGACACUCAACCAAAGACAACCGCACCAAAGGCGAAAGAACGAAAGGCAAAAGGGGGGAAGAAAGCUGCAACAAACGCCGCUAAACCGCCGAGACCACCUCCCCAGAUCUCCGCAGCAGCGCGAGCUUCCAAGAGAUUAGCAUCCGAGAAUCAGCCGGCGAAUGAUGCGGGAGCCUCUCGUAAACACGAUGGCAGCUCCGUCAAAUCGAAAGCGAAACUUGAGCCUCCGAAACCAUCUGCAGGGAGAGGAGGGAAGGAAGUAAAGACUGGUGAAGGGGGGAAGGUAGGGAGAGUCACCCGUAGCACUACUGCCAAUGCUGCCCCUGCGUCUGGACGAGGUGGUGCCGCCGUGAGGGAGGUAGGGGUUAAAAAGACUGGGAAAGUCGGGAAGAAAAGGGUUAACACCGCCGAGUCGUCUGGUCUUGCGACAACGGGGAAAAAGAGGGUUAAAUGUGACUCGACGCCGGUCCACACCAAACUGAGCUUUUCAGACAGUUCAUCCGAGUUCAGUUCAACUUUUCCUCUUUCAAUGAACACCACUACUAGCACUAUCGACCCUGUACCCGACUGUGCCUGGGUCGUACCGCGGCAUGUUUCAAAUCGCCCGAAUCCUCACCUUGCGUUGUCCGCUCUUCAAAACAUCGACGAUAUCUUGGGUCCGUGUGCCUUCAGCCCCUUCAAGUUCACGGCCCGACAAGCCACUCCGGGCAACGCUAGUCAAUCGAAAAAACGGCGGGAAACUCCCGGGGAAAAGUUUGCUUUCAGUUUCCGAAUGACGACCGAUCGAAACCCGUUUUCUCUGCCGGCGGAGACGACGUGCAGUGAUAGAGCUGCACAGAGUAGCGACGUCACGUUGGACACAAUAUCUGUUGACUCGUUGGAUUGCAACGAUGCUCCUAAACGAAGAGACAGUAAGAAGGCCGCGGAGAGUGCGAUGUGUGCAUCUGAAGCUGUUAAUACCGAGACAGCCGGAGAGGAAGCGAGGUACGGAACAGCGGGGGAAAGAGAUGGCGGCGUUGGGGGAGAGAUGACGGGCGAAGAGAGUUUGGAGGAGGGUGUCCAUGUGGGGUGGGAGGGUCAAAGGGAUCUGGGACUCUGGUGUCAAUUCGCAGGUGGACGAUAUGAUCAGAAAUAUCAAAUUCUCGAGAAUUGGAGUGCACGACUGGAAAACAGCAGCACCAGUCAGCCGACGAUGAACAAGAAGAGGGGAAAGAAGAGGCCGUCCAAGACGGGCUCGUUGGCUAAGACAGGUGGCGAGCUGUCAGAGAGACAAGCGGCUGCCAGGGAGAGACGUAGCGCCAUGAGGUCUCGACUAAAGGAGAUGAAGAUGGCGGCCAUGGCCAACAAAACUGCCAGCAGCGAGGAGGGAGAGAGGGAGGGAGACGGCCACUCUGGGACACCGACUGACGGACUGGUGGUGACCGGUGCUGCUAGUGAUCCACCAAAACAGGCCACCCCUCCACCUCAAGAGAGUGACACCAGCUGUAGCAGUGGUAAGAGGAAGAGCACGGGGGGAAAGAGGAGGAGGAGUAGGAGGUGUGGGCAGAGGUCGUCUUUCGCUCUCAUUGACUUUUCCGAGGAUCCCAUUCCUGCUGAGCCACAGACACCUCCCUCCCCACCCUCUCCCUCAGUCACUAAUCCUUCCAUCUUCUCUCCCACUGACACCUCCUCCGACACCAAACCAAGUACAGAGGUCCCUAUUGCUGACCUCCUUAGCUUCACUGCACAACAACAACAAUGUGUCAAACUCCCAUCUCUGAAGACCCCACUCAAUUGGCCACCAAAAGGGAACACUCCCGUCAUCGAUCAACACACCACCACCGCUCCUCAGGAGGGAGCCUCUGUCGUUCAGUUUGUCUCUGUCACUCCCUCCAAGAGAGUCAGGGAGAGGAUGGAAGCUGAUGUCAUCAUGUCGCCAGCGAGGAGGUCCCUGAGAUUAGCCGGGAAAUGUGGCACAGGUGGACCUGGUAGUCAUGGCAACUAUCAGGUCUCAUCACUGAAUGAGCUACCUGAGGGACUGGAAGUCAAGUACCUUCCUAAUAAGGCCCUUUUCUAA